AGAAGAAGGAAACAUCCAACCAGCGUUACUUCCUGACUACACUCAAAACCAUCAGCUGCCUCCAUGAUGUCGUUCACAGACGAGGGAAUAACAGCUCGAGAUGACAACAAAGAAAAACAUGUCGGCAGCUUCGUCUUUAUGUACGAGACGUUUCCUCAGUGAGAGGUUAUUCUCUCCUGUUAAACAUUUGUGUGUGUACAAAUAAACAAAUCACUACAUGUUUCAUUGUUCAGAUUCAAAAACAUUAUUUCAAAUUCUUUUCCACAUUAUACAGUCUCUGAACAACAAAAUCAAAGUUUUGUUAAUAUAUGAAAUAUUUGUUAUAAAAUAAAUACAUCAAAUGAUUCAAAAUAAUGUAAAUGUAACUUUUUUGUCUCCUUAAUGAAACAAAACAUGAAGAUGCCCAAAUAAAUGUGACCAUUGUUUUAAGUUACAUUUUUUUGAGGUUAAUAUUUCGUCUUGACAAGUUUCAGAAAAUUAUUCAUCUUUAAUAAAAGUAAUAAUAUAAUAGAGAACACUACAGUUCAGGCAGUGCUGGUUCUGGUUCUGAUUGGACUCCAGUCCCUCCAUCAACAACAACAAGUGUAUCAGAUUACAUUUCCUGCAAUAAAUCAGUACUUUGGACUGCAACACUCCUCUGAGUCACAUGAACCAACAGCAUUCAGCAGAAGGCUGAUAAAGCUCCGCCCACACCUGACUCACCUGAGACAAACCAGGAAACAGUGUGUGUGUGUGUGUGUGUGUGUGUGUGUCUCUUUAGUACAGAACCACACACAGACGAUCAGAUCCUCCUUCAGACUGAACUAACAACGUCCUCUGAGUGAGUUCAUCUACAGGAGAGAGGAGGAGGAAACUACAACACUGCAGACGCUCCACACACUGAAGCGUCACUCAGAGACAAAAUGGCUUCCAGGUUAGAGGAGGAUCUCUGCUGUCCGGUGUGUCAUGAUGUCUUCAGAGAGCCUGUCGUUCUGUCAUGUAGCCACAGCUUCUGUAAAGACUGUCUGCAGAGCUGGUGGACAGAGAGACGAACACGGGAGUGUCCAGUCUGUAAGAGAAGAUCUUCAAAGGAUCAUCCACCUGUAAACCUGGUGUUAAAGAACCUGUGUGAGACCUUCUUACAGGACAGAGAUCAGAGAGCUUCAGAGGAUCUCUGCAGUCGGCACUCUGAGAAACUCAAACUCUUCUGUCUGGACCAUCAGCAGCCGGUGUGUGUCGUCUGCAGAGACUCAGAACAACACACCAACCACAGAUUCAGACCCAUCGAUGAAGCUGCACGACAACACAAGAAGGAACUUCAGGAAACUCUGGAGCCUUUAAAGAAGAAGUUAAAGGUUUUUGAAGAGGUUAAAGUGAAGUUUGAUCAGACAGCAGAACACAUGAAGGUCCAGGCCCGACACACAGAGAGGCAGAUUAAGGAUCAGUUUAAGAAGCUGCACCAGUUUCUAGCAGAGGAAGAGGAGGCCAGGAUGGCUGCACUGAGGGAGGAAGAGGAGCAGAAGAGUCAGAUGAUGAAGGAGAAGAUGGAGGCUCUGAGCAGAGAGAUAGCAGCUCUUUCACACACAGUCAGAGCCACAGAGGAGCAGCUGAGAGCUGAAGACGUCUCAUUCCUGCACAACUACAAGGCUGCAGUGGAAAGAGUCCAGCAGCGCCCCCUGCUGGAGGAUCCACAGCUGCCCUCAGGAGCUCUGAUAGACCAGGCCAAACACCUGGGCAACCUGAGCUUCAACAUCUGGAACAAGAUGAAGGACAUGGUCUCCUACACUCCUGUGGUUCUGGACCCAAACACUGCUCAUCCAGAACUCAUCCUGUCUGAAGAUCUGAGCAGUGUGAGAGGAGGACAGAGACAGAAGCUUCCUGAUAAUCCAGAGAGGUUUGAUAUCUUCGGGUCUGUCCUGGGAUCUGAGGGCUUUAACUCAGGGACUCACAGCUGGGACGUCGAGGUUGGAGACAGUACAGGCUGGAUACUGGGUGUGUUAGCAGAGUCUGUCCAGAGGAAGAGACUCAUACAGUCUGGAUUCUGGAGAAUAAAGUUUUACCAAGGUAAAUACUCAGUGUUUUCACCAUCAGCUCCAUCCACUGAUCUCGUUGUGCAGAAGAAGCUCCAGAGGAUCAGAGUGAAUCUGGACUGGAACAGAGGAAAGCUGUCGUUCUCUGAUCCUGAUACUAACACACACCUGCACACCUUCACACACACUUUCACUCAGAGGAUGUUUCCAUACAUUUACACUUGGCAUGAAGUGAAGAUAUCACCUCUGAAGGUGUGUGUGACAGUGGAACAGAGCAGGUAAAGAAGUAUUUCAUCUGUGGAAAGACUUAAAUAAAACUUUGUCUCUCUGCAGUAGAAAGACAAAUAUUUUUUAACUUGAUGCAACAUGAGCAGAGAAAACAGAGUAAAAGGACUGUGGUGUUCACUUCUACUCAAAAGGUAGAAAGACUACAACACCCAGAGUGCACAGCGCUGCACCUGAUUGGACGGGGCUCGGUUUUGGAUCAGAGAAAGUUCUGAAUAAAGUUCUGACAUUCUGACACAGAGAUAAACAGAACAAUUAAUUUGGACCUGACAAACAUUUAAAAAUCAUUUAUUCACAAUCAUAAUAAUGUUUUUAAGGAAAAGAGACUUUUAUUCUGCAGCGUUCUACGAGCUCUGUAGAUGUUUUAUUUUAAAACUAUUUGUCAACAUAAAAAUAUCGUCAACAUGUAAAAAUCACAGAAUUCAGCCUGUUAAUCUUCAGCUGCUCCUCCUGCUGUCUCAUUAUGCACAAAACACAGAUGUUCAUUUUUCUGUUGUUGUUGUUUUUAGUUUUACAGUUUUGUGUUUCUGUCGUCGACCUUUUCAUGUUAAAUCUCAGCGUGUUUAUCUCUACAUCAGACAAUCAACCUGAACAACAGCCCAAAUAUUGAUGCCACAACAUCUGUGAGCAUUUUCUUUUCAAAAUAAGAGCCAGAAGAUGUUGUUGACUAAUCAACAUUUGAGUUUGUCCAAAGUUUCAGCUGCUGGUUGAGACCAAAACAGAACCAGCAGAGUGAAUGUUGGAGUUAAUUCAUCAGGUGCUCUGUGGCUGCUGCCUGAAACUUUU